AUGUAUAUCCAAGCAAUCCACGAAGACACUCUUCUCGAGUGUCUGAAGCUACAGCCACAAGCAACCCAAGAGGACCAAUCAGGGGUGGAAGAAGGUUCUGCAAAGAAGAAAAGAAAAACUAGUACACGAGAUGAUUUCGAACAGUUGAGAAUCAUAGAGCGAUCCUUGGAGCUUGUUGAUGAAUACAAAGGUGACACUAGUAUCGAGAUUGUUGACGUUUCAGUAAAACUUGUGAUUGAUAAAAGCGAUAGGCUACAUGUGAAGCAUUUUCAUAAAAGGUUGCGAUCCUUGGUUGAAAUAGAUGAUAUAUUGGAGUCACAGAUGCCACGAGAGGAGAUCCGAUUAUUAGCUCCAUCAAACAACAAAUACGGACUUUCAGGCGGAGCCAAGUUGAGCUUGAAGUUGGGGAAUGGGCUAGUUCGUUUGACCUUGACUUAUUUUCUAGAUUACAAAUUGAGUUUGCACAAUACCAUACUGAGAAAGAUACUGGCCGCGUUGAUAGGCAUUUUGGAUACUAGACACAACCCUGACCAGAUUGAAAAUAAAGCAACCGUGACACCAGAGCUUUUUUACAAGUGCAUAUGCGAACACACGAAGGAAUUACCUGCGUUUGAUGCUGAAUUUGACCUCCCUGAGCUAGAAACAAAAUUGUUAAGCUUUCAAAAGAAAACCGUAAACUGGAUGUUGAGGAAAGAAAAUGCCAGAUACAAUUUCGAAACAAAUCGAUGUGAUCAGAUUGUUUACUUUUCAGAAAGUGACUUGCUUGACGAAAAUCGGCUAUUGGAGGUGGUGAACCAAAUAUGGUAUGGUUGGAGAAUAAUAGAAAUAUCUGGUAAGCAAGUCUAUUUCAAUAAAUACACAAGUCACCUAGCGACAGCAGAACAGAUCAACGCAUACCUAUAUGACUAUUUACACCAAGUGGAUAAAAACCAGUACCCCACGACACUUCCUGCACGGUGUUUACUAAGCGAAGAAAUGGGUCUCGGAAAGACAGUGGAAACAACAUCAUUGAUUUUGCUCAACCAGCGGCCCAUCAAUGAAGUUGAUAAAACACUCAGCCUACCAUUGAAUCAGUUUGGAGACGCUAAAACUAUCAUCAAGGGUCGCACAACGCUAAUCAUAACGCCUUCCACUAUACUUCAGCAAUGGAAAAACGAAAUCAACAAUUUGGCACCUUCGCUAGCGUUAACGGAGUACAAGGGAGUAUCCAAUUACCCCAUGUUUGACAACAAACCUGCUAUUAUUGCCGAAUACCUCCGAAAAUUCGAUGUAGUGAUCACCACUUACCAAAUAAUAGCAAAGGAGUUAGACUAUGCUAAGUACUCUAGUAAGUUGCGCAAAACUAGAGGUGCGCAACGAGACGCCCCCUAUCUGGACUGGAAGGAGGAGGAUGAGUCAGAAACUUCGACUAACGGAGAUGUCAAGGAUACAUUGUCUCAGGAUUAUCUGACUUUGUUCCAGUUGACAAGUUUAAGAAAACCUCAACUUGCAAAUAAAAAGACGGACUCGCUGCAACCGGAAACAGACUACGAAAAAGCAUUACAGGAUGAAAUACAAUUAGCAUUGAGACAUAAUACAAUUUCUAGCUGGUACCGGAAAAACGACUAUGAGUCCCCCCUAAUGCUCAUUCAGUUUUGGAGAAUCUUGCUAGAUGAGGUGCAAAUGGUGUCCCUGACAGUUUCCAAAGCUUUUCAGAGUGCUGCAUUGAUCCCCAAGUUUCAUGCUUGGGGCGUUUCUGGUACCCCAAUAAAGAAAGAUAUAAAUGACUUGUUUUCGUACUUGAAAUUUUUGAGGUUUUAUCCUUUCAAUUAUGAUAUUGGUGUGUUGUCAUGGCAGUUACUACAAAAGAAUGAGACCGAGUUUAAAUCAUUCUGGUCAAAUAUAGCGAUCAGACAUACUAAAGCUAUGGUACACGAUGACAUAAAAUUGCCCCCACAAAAUCGAAUUUUAUUAACUAUACCAUUUUCAGCAGUAGAGCAGGAUUUGUAUGACGAGAAAUUCUCGGAGUGUUUGUCACACAUCGGGUUAGAUGAAUUUGGUAAUCCAAUUGCAAAUGAUUGGAACCCUUCACCAUCGGUGCUUAGUUUGAUGCGAACUUGGCUCUCUCGUUUGAGGCAAAUUUGCUGCUCGCCUCAGGUUGGAAACUUACAGUUGGGAUCAAGAAGAAUGAAGCGCUCCAAUUUGAGAAGCGGAAUGGCAUUGAUUGAUUCUUUGAAAACCUUGGACAAUUUAUUAAGUGAUAUGCUAGUUCGUCUGUAUGGAGAAAUUAGUGAUUUUGAAAAGAGAAAAAUCGAGGGAUUGUCACAUCUAACCGACUUGUUGGAAUUUGUCUACCACCCGGAAGAAGCGGCAAAGUACUUGAAGGUUGGUAUAAUGGAGACUUUGGAUGUUAUCAAUCGAACAGAGAAGAUUCUUGACAAGUACAUUCAAGAUUACAAAAGUAAUAUGGGCAGUGCAGUUGAUGAUGAUGAUGAUGAUGAGAUUGGCCAAAUAGAAAGUGAACAAACAGACAAUAAAGAGGCCCUUAUUUCUUCUACAAGAGCCAGACUCAGAAGCUGGCUAUUACUUUUGCAUCGGUUCUACUUCUUGUACGCUUCAGCCAACUUCCAGUUGUACGAUCCAUCUUUCCAGGAGCUUGUCAAGAAACACAAACCUGGGAUUGAUGUGAAAAACUUGGAGGAAUUACUUAAACAAUUUGGUAACCAAGAAAGAGCCAACGAACUAGCUUCAUUGGCUACUUCGAUUCCAAUUACUGAAUUCGAUUCUCAAGACACUUUUAUCGAGUUGGGCACUCCUCAAGAGAAUGAAACAAAAUACUACGAAUUGGCCGAGCACGCAAGGGUCAAGAUUUUGAAAGGAGUUGUCAAGCAGUUUAACAAAAUCUCCAAGAAUCGGAUAUCUAACCGGGGAUACUUGUUUCCUAUCGAGACUGAUUUUGUGGAUGAUGCCUCAAGCUUGCUUCCCAAGUCAUCUAAAAAGUUUUUCAACAAGAUUCCUGUAAUUGAUAUCGAUGACUUGACCCCUUUUGCCAUCACUCCAAAAGUGCAAUCAUUUUUGAAAAAAGUCACAACAUUCCUCAAUAAGAUCAACAACAAUGCUAAAGAAUUUAAUGGCAAGUUUCCUAGAUUGGUCGAGCUAUUACUAGAACCCGUUGAUAAAAAAGACACUGAAGUUGUUAGUAAAGAGAGACAAGAGGAGAGCGAUGAAAAGGAAGAUACCAUAGACAAUGAUUAUGAAAAACAUUUAGAAGCACAGGCUAGCAUCGAGGAUCUUUUGUCGAUUUUGGAUGCCCUUUUAACUAAGCGGAAAGGGAUGAUAUCUGGACUGCUCGAGGAGAGAUACGAUCCGUUGAAACCCAAGGAGUCCGACGAAGAGGAUAGAGUGGAUUUUUCGAAAUUGGUGUCGGAACUAACCACCAUAGAGAAUGAGUUGGAGGAGUUUUCGUCAAAGGCAGUUGGACUAGACAUUGAACUAUUUGGCGUGUUGGGUCAAAAGCUUCGAACGUUGUACGAAAAUCAAAAGUUGGCACAAACAAUGAUAACGAGGGAGUUGAACCUCAAUUGUAAUGCAAUUUUCAACGCGAGGGUCGAGUAUUACAAGCAGCUUCAGCAAAUAUCCGACACUGUGAGUCUGAGAGAAUAUCCGUACUUGAAAAGGGAUGAACUUGAUUCUUAUCGUGUUAAUUCCAUGUUGAGGGGAGUGCUAUCUACAUUUGCUGAGUUAAGACGUUCCAUGGAUAAUGCCAUUGGUCGAUUUAGGUAUUUAACUGAAUUGGUGAAGGAGUCACAACAAACAAUUACCAAUGCAGAAGAGGAUGUUAUGACCUGCAUCAUUUGUCGAUCCAACAUUAGUAUUGGAUCCCUAACUCAAUGUGGACACAAAUACUGCAAGGAGUGUCUUGAGCAGUGGAUGAAGAGCUCGCGACAUUGCCCAAUGUGCAAGGCCAGGAUCGAUAUACAUUCCGUUUACAAUUUCACUAGAUAUGCCCCAGAGCUCAAGGCCAAAGAGGUUACCAACCCCGAGUUGAGACCGAAGAAUGGAACUAUAAUCAACUCAAUUUACAAGCCUUUGAACCAAGAUUUAAUUCAAGAGGUGCAAGAGAUCAAAUUGGGAUCUUCUUACAGUACUAAGGUAGACUUGAUUGUCAAACAGGCUUGCUAUUUGAAGAAAUGCGAUCCGGGGGUGCAGAUUGUUAUAUUCAGUCAAUGGCAAGAUAUGUUGUACAUCGUGGGCAGUGCCUUACAAGCUAUGGGGAUCACCUAUGUUGGAACUGAGAACGUGUUUUUGCCUAAUCAAAAGAACUCGUCAUCAAAGAAGCCGAGAAAGGAAGUUGCAGUGGAGUACUUCAAAAAACCCGAAAAUAGAGUAACUUGUUUUUUGUUAAACGCACAAUCCCAAGCGAGUGGGUUGACGUUGGUGAAUGCUACACAUAUAUUCUUGUGCGAACCCUUAGUCAACACUUCGUUGGAGUUGCAAGCAAUAUCUCGUAUCCACAGAAUUGGUCAAACAAAGCCAACCACAGUGUGGAUGUUUGCAGUUGAAAACACUGUGGAAGAGAGUAUCAUAAUCACGUCAACAAAUAAAAGGAUCAGGUUGAUUGAAAAUAGUGCCAUUGAUGAAUCGGAAUCCGAACCAACCGAAGCCAAAUUGAGCGAGGCAGAUUCAUUGACCAUGAUGAGCAGUGUUGGUGCCGACCAACUUUUAGAGAAGCACGCACAAGGAGAGAAUGUACCCAACAAUGACUUGUGGCAUUCAUUUUUCAGUGCCAAACAAACUAAGCAAAACUUAGGUUUAUAG